UUUGGAACGUGUUCGUGAACUCAUGAUGCGUGGCGACGCCAAAAAAAAAAAAAAAAAAACCCAGACGAAAUUUCUUGUCGCCAUUUAUAGAGUGGGUGGCUCAGAAAACGGAUUUUGGGUCCCCUAGAAAUUUGAGUAUGUACAAAAUUCAGUUUCCUGUCUUCCUCACUAUUUUAUAAUGCCCUCGCUUCCCUAAAUCUGCUAGACCAUCAUUGAAAAAAAUGGCACCUUGGCUUCGGCUCGCGAUCACUUCGACGGUGCCCCAUCAACUCUAUUCGGAAGAAUUCUGCUCAGCUUAUUCGUCUAUUGAUACACUUAAAGAUGGAGUCCCCGGAAUAAUUCAUAUGAUUGGGAACACUUCCAAGAAGAAAAUACUUCAUAAUCUUUCCGUAGACAAUGAGGAGAAUGACGCGAUCAACCUUCACCAGGCCCGGAUCCAAGAGAGGCCAAUUCUCAUCAUCGAUUCAGCUUGGCCACCGAAGCCUUUGAGACGUGUUGGGGUUGCCGAUGGCUCAAAAUUUCAUUGGAUACAAAACGGUAACUCAGUUCCGACUUCGUUCGACUCGACUAUCAAGUUAUUUUCCCGAUUGCUAGGGAUUAUAAGCCAGACUGUUGUCAUAUUUGUGGACGAUUUCUCCGAUUUCUCAAGCGUUUUUGAAUUAUUGUCUCCUUGGAUUCGCUUUUCUUGUCUCGAUAUAAGAUACAGACCUCGCCUUCUUUUAAUUAGCAACGCAUUUAACAAGAAAGGCGACCCACAGCUAUUCUUCGAUAGACUACUACGUUAUCUUACAAAGCUACAACACAUAAUAGACCCGACGAAACCUCAUACAAAGGCUGACUCGAUAGAGAUGUGUCAGAAGUGUUUUGAAAGUAUCCAACUAAUCCCCGACUAUCCUGGAGUCACGAAUUUGAUAUUCAAACACAAUGAAGAUAUGAUCGCUCGAAGACUUGCGUCAAAAUGGGUGUUUUCAGCCUCUCACUUACAGCGGAUCAUUAAGUCAGCAAUAAUACACUUUUCCCUGCGCCGAACGGAAACGUUUAACAUCGUCCUAGCUUUUAGGGGUUGCGAUAGCAAAAAGAGUUACAAAGACCAUAUCGAGGGAUUGUGAAGUAUGACCAGAAAGGACCAAUACGCUGAGCUAAGCAAAGUUGUCGCUUCAGCCCUUGUUGCAGAUGCUUAUCCCGAGUGCGGGCAUCGGUUUUUCGCCGAUAUAUGACGCUAUUUACCGAAAGGACCUUGAGCCUCUAUUCCGAACCCCGGACCUCAACUUUCUGGGGAAGGAGAUCGAGCAAACAUUCUACGAUAUAGCGAUCCUAACCGAGGAGGAAGGCAAGUCGGCAUUUAGUCACCAUCUGGACUCUUUGAAGAAAUCGAGCUUCUUCGGAAACAAGUUCAGUAAGGCCUCCUGUCUUAUCUGCUUAGCUAGGCAAUUUUGCACCGUCUUAACAUGC